UUUUUUACCCUGUCUUUUGCUUCGCGCUUCUCUUCAUCUCGUUAAUCAGUAUGAAGUUUUCAAUUGCUGCAACCUUCGCUCUCGGAUUCUUAGCUGUGACAGCUCCAUUCGUUUCCGCUGACAGUUUGUCUGACGAGAUUGACGCGGCCACUAAAAAGUUCUGUGGCGGUCUUGCCCUGACUGCCCCUACCAAAAGCCAAACUUUCACUGAAGGCAGUAAGAUUAAACUGACCGUCACCAGAAAGCCCAAUAGCGAAAGCAAGGUCAUCAACGCCGUCGAUAUCUAUCAUAUUGGCUCCGGCAAUAAGUUGACUUACCUCGGUACCACCUGGACAGGCAAAUAUAAGCUCAACUCCAAGGCUACCAUCAGUGUUGAUAUCUCCAAGAAGGCCAAGAACAUCAAGUUGCCUGCCCAGUUUGAGUUCCGUACAUGGGUACACAACAAUGCUGGCCCCGAUUGCACACUUAUGAGCAAGGUCUUCAAGGUCGUCCCUAAAAGCCAUAAGAACGAUGAUGGCACUGACAGCAUUGAAGACGAUGGCAGCUCUCUUGACCCUAACGUCGAUAACGGUUGUUUCGGUGUCAGCGUCGACAAGCCUAGCUCCGGCGAAAAGGUCAAGGCCAGUGAAGCCUACACCGUUUCUCUCACUCGUGACUCUGCUUCCCAUGUUGAAGACUUCAAGUCCAUCGAGCUUUACAAGAUCGAUCUGCAAACCAAGGAAAGCACCAAGGUCAAGGACAGCUGGACUGGUGAUGAGCACGUCAGAGCUAUCUUCAACGUUAAGGAUACUCUUCCUGCUUCCGAUAUCUCUAACCAAUACGCAUAUUACUACAAGGUUACUGCUGACACUCAACAUAACGAGACCUGCAGCUUCCACGGACAUGCUUUCUAUGUUUCAAACUAAUCAACUCAUACGUUGAUAAUCCCCCUCAACUUAUUUACCCUUGUAGAACACUCAUUCAGAUUUUUGUAGUCGCUUCUUUCUUCAUAAACGAGAAACACUACCAUUGUUCAUUCACUGACAUAAGAUGUAAUAGCACCUCUGUGUCAUUAUUUGUAAC